CCCCGCAGUCGCUUUUCUGCCGCUGCUCACCGCCCACCCUGCCCCCACCCCCCCUUCUGAUUGGCCCUUCGGACCCUUUUUCUUGCUUCCCUUAAACUUUCCGUCCGGAUAGUCCCUUUGACACGACAAACAAUACGUACUGCUCUCGACUGUCUCUCUCAUCUUCGGCUCCGAAUUCAAUCAGCUACUGACCAUCAUCCUUCCGGCUGUCUGCCUGCUUACACUCUUACGUUCCCGCUGCCACGCAGCUGUCCAGUACAUAUCUAGCCACGCGAGUGCCCACCUGGAACAACCACAUUCUUCCUCCGUCAUUGACAUGCGAUAAGCUCCACCGCGCCAGCUCGAUUCGGGCUACCUAAGGAAUGUUGUCUAUGUGCCGUGAAUCUGCACCCAAAUCGCUCGGUGCUGACAUGGUUCUUUGUUUCUAGUAACUUUGUACAUGCGCCUGCUGACGAGCUAAACCCAAGGUGGUAUCCAUCCCAUCAGGUCCACGACUUCAAAAUACAGAGCCUCCAAUGUUGCAGUUCCCCCGACUGGGUCUGCGGCAUACCAUUUUAUACUAUAUAAACGUUGUCCAAUGUCUUUUCACAAGAUUACAUUCUUCUUUCUACCUUGCAACAUUGUCAUAUUUCAAGCCGUAUUAGCAACAUUCUCUCUAACACCAUCAUGUCGGAUUCUUCCAAUACAUCUGUGGGGCCAGAUAAGUUUCAUUACUCUCGCCCUCUUGACUGGAGCCCUACCAAUGAUCUCCCAAACUUGAAGGGGAAAGUAGGCAUUGUCACCGGAGGUAACAGUCUCGACUCCAUAGGAGGUAACAUAGUCCACCAGCUCGCCCUUCUCGGAGCGAAAGUGUAUGUGGGAGGACGCUCGUCGGAGAGGGUUGAGCAUGGCAUUCAUUCCAUCCUCACCACCUCCCCCUCUCUCGCCCCAGCCAAUUUGGUCCCCUUUGUCGCCGACCUGAGCAACUGGACCCAAGUCAAGCAGCGCGCAGAGCAGUUCCUUCAAGAAGAAACCAGACUAGACUUCCUCAUCAACAACGGCGGCGUAUGGACCGACGAUCUCGACAUCAACGAGUUCGGCGUCAACGCUGACCUCGCGGUAAACCACAUCGCCCACUUCGUGCUCACCCAAACCCUCCCCCCCCUGCUUUCCAAAACAGCCUUGUCGUCAUCGACCCCCAAAAACGCAGUCCGCAUCGUCAACGUGUCCAGCAACGCCCAUUCCAUCAUUCCUCAACCCACGAGCUUCGCCACCCUCGCCGACUGGAACAACGACUUUGGCGGGAAACAAAACCAGUGGUCCCCAGCCUUCCGCUACGGUUUCAGCAAAGCCGCAAACAUCCUCUUCACCAAGGAAUUGCAACGCCGUCUCGACGCAGAAGACGUGCCCAUUGUCGUGACUGCCCCACACCCGGGCUCGAUCCUGACUACGGGCUUCGCAAAAGUGGUUGGCGUGGAUACAGAGGAAUGGAAAAACAGUUUGCCUGCGUCUCAAGGUGCGUUGACGCCGCUUUGGUGCGCGGUCAGUGAGCAGGUCGAUGAUACGUGCAAGGGCCGCUACAUCAUGCCGUUUGGUGUGGUAGCAGAGAAUACUGAGUUUUGCGAUGACGAGACGGAGGCGAAGAAUCUGUGGCGUGUUACGGAGGAGGUUCUUGGGAGUGCGAAGUUGCUUUGA